AUGGAGGUCCAGUGGGUUGGGGUUGAACCCCCGAGGCUGGGCCCUCCUCGCACAGCCGUCGGCCUGGUAUUCUCUAUACUGCUUGGUAUGUGGUCUGCUCAGGGCCUUGAGAUGUCUGUAGGGAAGAUCCCCUUUCUGGAGGCAGUGAAUGGCAGCACAGUAAUGUUGCCUUGCAUAUAUUCCAGCUGUAUCGGCAUCAAGAACCUCUACUUCAACUGGCAAUUCAAUGACAACGGCACCAUGCAGAAGGUGUGUGAGUCUGUGAUACCGUCAGAGGGGGUGGUGCCACAGGUGAGUAUAUAUCGAGACCGGGUGGAGUUUGUGGGGAAAAACCAUGGCAACAACAUCUCCAUCCUGCUGUGGAACAUCACCUUCGAGGAUGGAGGCCAGUACACUUGUUUUGGACGCAACCCCAAAGAGAAGGGCAAGAACCACAGCGCCAUCUUCAGACUCAUCGUGGUGGACGAAUUGAGGGUGGUGGACAACACGCUGGCCACCAUAAUAGCCUCAGCCGUGGGUGGAGCCAUCGCUUUGAUAAUGGGCUUCAUGUUGCUCAAGAACUUCACUCUCUUUGUUCUUGCCAAGCUUGAGGAGAAAAAUAAGGAGUGCCUUGUAACUUCAUCAGGGAUCGACAACACAGAAAAUGGCCUCUCAGGAUCCAAAGCUGAUUCAAAACCAACACCAAAAAAGAAAUGA